AUGAGGCGUGGCUUCGUUGAUUUAGCGCGAAUUUUCUUUCUUCUUCCUGUGAAGGGUGAACGUUUCCGGAGACCUAUUGUUGAUGGACAGUAUUUAUAGCUUUACCGACUUCAGUUUGUUGUAGUUUCUUACUUUGCGGUAUCUGCGCCCGCCUCAAGCAACAGCAACAUGUCUCAGGCUCGCGUUACUGAUUUCUUUUCCCAAAGAAAGAAAGGCAUCACCGGGCCGGUGAAACCAGCCAAGCAGCGCAGGAGCGCUGUUGUCGACCGGGGGGCUUCUGGGACCAGCACAAGGUCAACGUCCUCGAAAAACAAAGGUGGUUUCCUGUGUUCAUCCUCCGUCCAUGAAGAAUUUGUCCGAGUUAUCGACGAGGCAGUCGAGCUAAACGUCGGAGAGUGUGUUAGUAACACCGCGAAAGAUGCAUACUCAAGUCCCCGGACACCAAAGCGGACCUCGGCCGAGACAGAGUUCGACCUCGGGGCAGCCCUGUUUUCAGCCACCGCUAAUCACAGCACAGCCAAGAAGAGACGGCAAGCAGAGGCUGUUAAAGAAGCUAAAGUUUUAGAGAAAGCAACGACGAAGACCAGGAAGGCCAGAAAGAAACUUGUUCUCCCUCAAGACACACCACAGGCUGCAGUCCAGCCCCUGCCCAGUGAGGGGACCCAGCAGCACUCGGGUCCGGCAGCCUCGGUGCCUGGGCAGAAUGCGGACAGCCACCUAAACCUCCAUACCAACAGCUCUCCGCAGAGGGGGCAGGCCGGCAAGGCUUUGUGUAAAGAAGACCUUGCAGCCCUCAAGUCUCGUCUUCAGAGGAUCAAGAAACAUGCAGAGGAUUUAACCAGCGCUACUCCCGGGAAUUCAGCUUCCACAUCCUCCUCUCCAGCUGGUUCUCCUGCCAACGCUCUCACCCCCCUUGUCCCCAAAACCGCCACGCCUGCCACCUGUGAUGCUAAAUCCCUCAAGUUCACUGUAGCACAAGUCAAAGAGCUCACAGCUAAAGCUCAGCGGAGGAAGGAGGAGAGAGAGGCCAAAGAGAGCAAUCAGAGUGAGACGCAAAUCCUGGACUGCACUGAGCAGCCGGCGUACCAGCGAUACCACAACCUCGCCCAGGCGGCCCCCCCGGGCCUGUCUCUGCCUUACCAGUACAAGGUGCUGGCUGAGAUGUUUAGGAGUAUGGACACUGUGGUCGCAAUGUUGUACAACCGCCGUGAGGCAUCCACCUUCCCUAAGAUCAAACAGGGAGUUCAGGACAUGAUGCACAAGCGAUUUGAGGAAAGCCACGUUGGUCAGAUACGGACGGUGUUCCCCGAGGCCUACAAAUUUAGACAGGAGAAGAACAUCCCAACCUUUAACAGCAACAUUAAGAAGGGCAACUACCAGCUCACCGUGGAGCCCAUCAUUCUCUCUGACCAGAAUGAAGCUUGUCCUCUCCUGUCCGCCUCUCGCCUCCUGGAGAGAAGACGCAUCUUCCACCUGAAUCUGGUCUCCGUUGUCAAACAGCACCACAAGGUAUUUCUGUCCACGUUGGUUCCACCGAUGUCUGUUCCAGAAGACAGACUGACCCGCUGGCACCCAAAGUUUAAUGUGGACACUGUGCCAGCCAUCUUGGCUAGCUUGCUGCCUCAGCCUCCUUACACUGAGAAACUGUCCACCGCUCAGGAAGUGCUGGACAGGGCUCGCUCACUCAUCACGCCCAAGAUGGAGAAGGCUCUGGUUUCUCUGACUCUGAAGAAGCAAGACAAAGCUGCAGAGAGUAAAGAACCAACAUCUCCACAGACACCAGCAGUCCCCCAAGCUUCAGCUGCAGUCCCAACUGCCUUGAAAGGAGUGUCCCAGUCUCUGCUGGACAGGAUUCGGGCAAAGGAGGCCCAGAAGCUCCAGGCAGCCAUGACUCGAAAUCCCACCCAGGAAGAGCGCUUGGUGAUGAUGUCACGGCUCCCUGAGCUGGCCCGGAUUCUCAGGAACGUUUUUGUUGCAGAAAAGAAACCGGCUUUAAUAUUGGAAUUGGCCUGUAACAGGAUGGUGGCCAGUUACAGAUCUGCUCUCAGCACAGGUGAAAUGGAGAAGCACAUCCGUCUGCUGGCAGAAGUGGCUGCUGAUUGGCUGACUAUUCAUCCAAUCAGGAAGGAUAUCUACCUGAAGCUGAACAAGAACAUGGAGCUCAACAUCAUUCUGGACAAACUGAGCAGCAGACUUCGAGAUGAAGAGAAAAUCUGACAUUAAUGCCAGAACGAUGACAGUGAUGUGAUAGCCUGAACAUCUUUCUCCGGGCCUUGCUGUGACAGCUGCCAGCACACUGAAGGCUAGUUAAAGGGCCAUAUUUUUCAGUGACUUUCAUCGGUUUUUGGGCAGCAUGUAUGAUGUUUUAGAUACAGUGGGUUUUGUGUUGUGCCCUGUGCUCUAGGCUGUCGGAGUGAAAUGGUUACUGAUUGAUCUAGGCACAGCUCCAGGACACCGGUAUGUCCCAAAAUCCUGAGGCCACAUGGGACCGGCCUAGUCCUGGCAUUUCCACCACCCCUGUUGUUUUAGCCACACUUGAGUGCUUUGUUUUUAUUUCCUCCAUGAAAGUGUAAUAUCGGUGUCUGCUUCCAGUCUCUUGGUGGGAACCAUUUUCUACAAUGUAGAACUGAUGAAUGUUUACAUUUUUUUUUUUUUUAAAGGUCACUACUGUUUGAUAAUGUUUAAGAAAUACAAGCAUUUGAGUCCAACUGUCU